AGAAACGCGGGCAGAGAAAAGGAGCGACUCAAACUUCAUACAGACAUUUAUUGUUUUAUACAAAACGACAGACGUGUUUGGGAGGAAGAUGAUUCCCAUUAAUACGAGGAAGAGGAAGCUCUCCUCGCUGAACUCUGACAGCCACUCGGCCAAGAGCGGGGCGGGGGAGGAGUUGUCCCCCGUGAAGAGGAGCUCGUCCUGGAAGCUCCCACAGUCUCCGAACACGAAAAAGCCAGUUGGGCGCCCGGUCAAAGCGAACUGUACCUCAGCAUCCCCACGUAGAGCAGCAGGCUCUCCAGUCAAAUCACCUCGUAAAUCUCCAGUCCAACUUUCCAUGGUCACAAGUUCCUUCUAUGGCCAGAAUAAACCCAUCUACCUCACUCCACUAGAGAGGAAGGCAAUAAAGGACUUGCUGCCUUCUCCUCCACGCCUUCCUCCUUCCCCUCCGCCCCAGGAGAAGAAGAAGAAGAAUGUUAAAGGAGGCAGCAAGAAGAGAAAGGUGGCUGCAGCAUCUCGUAAGGCGGGGAAGACGGGCGCCGUCGGCAAUGCGUCCUCUUCCAAGACGAUCAAACUGUCCAAGCUUAACAGCAGUGUCGCUGAUAAACCAGCGUCCAGUACGAUCGCUGCUUCUGCUCGCGGCAAUAAGUUAUCCGAGUCCAGGAAAGCCAUCACCCUCUCAUUCAGCGGCCUGAAGCCCAAACUGAAGAUCUUUGUCGGAGCUGCUUUCUUCAGCACGGGCAAGAAACCGACCUCCAUGUUCAAGAAAUCUGCACCAAAAUCGUCAACCAGGCCGGCGCCGGCACCAAAAAGCAAAACUGUCCAGCUGCAGACUGAGGGUGAGAAACCAAAGCCAGCGGCUCCGUUGGUGACCCAACAACAGAACCACCCUAAACCGACUGAUGUCCAGCCGGUCAGGACCGAAGAGAAGCAGCCGAGCUCCAAGCAGAGAGCGAAGUUUGAACCGUCCGACUGGGUGGACUUCGAUAACGAAGAGCCUGAAUCCCCGCAGACAUCCAGGUCUGCUGAAAUGUUGUUGGAGAAAUACGGGAUUACCAAGGAGCUGACGCUUGUGUUGACGAGGACCCCGACGGCGAGUCCUGCCUCCACGGCGGCGUCUCUGAGUCCUCUGGAUGGUGGCUCUGAACCCAUGUUUGACCUGAGUGAGAAAAGCCCCCCGAGGGCUGCCGCCAGCAUACCCAAAGAAUCUGCAGCGAUGUAUCCCAUCUUUGGCUCCGCCUCAAAGAGGGUAAGGACUGCAGCUCUGCGGCCCCCGCUGUCUUGCAGCACGCCCUCCGGCCCCACGACGUCCCUACAAACCGUUUCUGCACUCAAAGAGCGACCUGUUCGCAGGAAGAAAGAGAAACAGGACGACGACCAGCUUAUUAUCGACGCGGGUCAGAAGCAGUUUGGAGCGACGACCUGCAGCUCCUGUGGGAUGGUGUACAGCGCCGACAACCCAGAGGACCAUUUCCAACACACCCAGUUCCACCAGCGCUUCCUCGACUCCAUCAAGUUUGUGGGCUGGAAGAAGGAGCGCGUGGUGGCCGAGUUCUGGGAUGGAAAGAUCAUCCUGGUCAUGCCCGAUGAUCCCAAAUACGCCAUUAAAAAGGCUGAUGAUGUGCGGCUUGUUGCAGACAGUGAGCUGGGCUUCCAGCAGCUGACCCUGAGCAGACCCACGCAGGCCAAGACCUACCUCUUCAUCAACACGGAGCGCAAGGUGGUGGGCUGCCUCGUCGCCGAGUCCAUACGUCAGGCCUACAGAGUCCUGGAGCUGCCGGACCGACACAAAGACAUGACGAAGGACGACUUCAUGGAGCGGCACCGAGCCUGGUGCUGCUCCACCGUCCCAGAACCAGCGCUGUGUGGGAUCAGUCGCAUCUGGGUCUUCAGUCUGGCCCGGCGGCAGGGCAUCGCCACGCGCAUGCUGGACACCGUCAGGAGCUCCUUCAUGUACGGCAGCCAUCUCACCAAAGAUGAAAUCUCGUUCUCUGACCCGACGCCGGACGGCAAACUGUUUGCAACCAAGUACUCCAACACGCCGACCUUCCUCGUGUACAACUUCGUGGCCUGAGGCAGACGCUUGUACUGAAGGUGCAUUCCCGUUCUUACUGACUCGUUAAAUUAUAAGACCUGCAUAUCAACAGAUCUUCAGCUGGUUGUUACUUUGUCUUUCACAUGCAAAUAACUGUUCAGUUUUUUUGUUGAGUGUUUGUUUGGGUUGUAGUUAUAAUACAUUCAGGAUUACAUUUUUAAAGGGUCGUGAUGCACCUGUUACUCAGUAUUGUAUAAUUUACUGUUGAUGCUCAUCGGCAGUGUUUCUAUUCCGAUGUUUAUGUUCUGCUUAAUGAGCUUGAACCUGAAAACGGUCCCAUGUUUUCAAAGUUUCAUUUAAAUGUUCUGAUUGUUUUCACCUUUUUGAAAGGAAUGCUUUUGUUGUUUACGGGCAUUCUGUGUAAAUACACUUAAUAAAUUGCCUUUUUGGUUUA